CCAUCCACUAUCCCCUGCGCCACUGCUGCGACUUCUCGUGUCGUAGCCUCCCUCCGUCGGCUCUUCUCCCCUUCCUUCUUCAACUCCCCACGUCGCUGUUUCUUUUCACAGUCUCUCUUUACCAUCAUUUCUUUCUUCUUUCUAUUCCAACGCCGGUUUGCUCUUGUCCUUUCAGCAGAGCAAUUCGUCUUCCACACUCGCUCCUUCGCCUUUUGCGCAAGCACGUCUUCCGUGACACGCAGCACAAUCUCUAGCAACCAAUUUGCGCUCGACAUCAUUUAAUUUUGUACACUUUCUUCCAGUUCCAUCGUCUAGGAUCACCAUACUACAUCAUGCAGACCGCUAUUCUUUCUCUCUUGGCCGCAGCUGGCCUUGUCUCUGCCUCGCCAGCCGCCAGCAGCCUGUCUGUUCGCGGCGACAUUCCCUCCAUCACCGUCAAGGGCAAUGCUUUCUACGCCAACGACAAGCGCUUCUUCCUUCGCGGUAUUGACUACCAGCCCGGUGGCAACUCCAAGGCCGUCGACCCUCUCGCCGACACCAGCAUUUGCAAGCGUGACAUCAAGAACUUCAAGGAUCUUGGUAUCAACACUAUCCGUGUCUACAUUGUCGACAACUCCAAGGACCACAAGGAGUGCAUGCAAGCUCUUGCUGAUGCUGGCAUCUACUUGGUUCUCGAUGUCAACAACUCCAAGUACGCUCUGAACAGAGCUGCCACUGACGUCCACAAGACCUACAACGUCGACUACAUCCAGAACGUCUUGGCUACCGUCACCGAGUUUGCCAAGUACCCCAACACCCUUGCCUUCAUUUCCGGCAACGAAGUCGUCAACGACGAGAAGGGCACUGACAAGGCCGCUCCCUACGUCAAGGCCAUCACCCGCGACAUCAAGACUUUUAUCUCCAACCAGAAGGGCAUGCGCAAGAUCCCUGUUGGCUAUGCCGCUGCCGAUGUCUCUACAAACCGCAUGCAGAUCGCUCAGUACCUCAACUGUGGUGCUGAUGACGCCCGAGUGGACUUCUUCGCCUUCAAUGACUACUCCUGGUGCAAUAGCAACUUCCAGGAAUCUGGUUGGGACCAAAAGGUUAAGAACUUCACCGACUACGGCCUUCCCAUCUUCCUUUCUGAGUGGGGUUGCAUUGAAAGCCCUCCCCGCAAGUUUGAGGAGCUCGGUGCUCUCAUGUCCGACCAGAUGACCUCUGUCUACUCUGGUGGCCUCCUUUACGAGUACACCUAUGAGGAGAACCACUACGGUAUUGUCGAUGUUGAUGGUAACGAUGUCAAGCCCCGCCCUGAGUACAAGGUCUUCAAGGCUGCCCUCGCCAAGUACCCUGCGCCCUCUGGUGAUGCCGGCGCCAGCUCCAAGGGCCACUCCAGCACUUGCCCUGCCCAGAGCCCGGGUUGGGAGGUUGACUCCAAGGUACUCCCCACCAUCCCCUCACAAGCUGCCAAGUUCAUCUCCGGUGGUGCUGGAAAAGGCCCUGGUCUGGACGGACCCGGCUCAAUGGACGGCAAGAGCCAGACAUCCGAUACCAACAGUGAUGCCAACAAGCCCUCAACCGGCGAUAACUCGUCUAACUCGAAGAAUGCUGCUGUCAGCGUCUUUGGUGGCAUUCCCGCUGCCACUGCCACCAUCGGCUUCCUUGUCGCUGCUUUGAACGCUUUGGCCUUGUAAGGAAUUGUCACGCGCUUCUUCUCUCGUCUCAUACGGGCAGGAAGACCACAUUCUUUGCUUUUUGUACUUUUUAUGUCAAUGAGCUGGUUUCUCGUUCACGCCGGAAGCUGUAUGUGAACAGGGCCGCUGUACAGUUUUGGCUCUGUUCUGUGCAAAUUCAUGCCUUGAUGUUGUCCCAACGAUGGCGUAAAGGUCUUUUUAAUACAUAGCAAUCACAGUUUGUUUAUCAAUCAAAGUUAGUUUGUAAUUC